GGCCUCGGCGAGCUCAGAAAAACGACACCGCGAGAAAAAUUAGUAUUUUUGCACUUCACAAAUUAAUGACCAUGAGCUCGUUUUUGAUAAACUCCAACUACAUCGAGCCCAAGUUCCCUCCCUUCGAGGAGUUCGCGCCGCACGGCGGCCCGGGCGGUGGGGACAGCGGCGCGGGCGGGGGUUCCGGCUUCCCGCGGCCCCAGACCACCCCGCACCUGCCAGCCCCGAACCUGCACGCUGCCCGCCAGCCCCCCGCCUACUACGCGCCGCGGGCGCGCGAGGCUGGCUACCCCGGGGGCCUGUACCCCGCACCCGCCGCCGCCUGUCCCUACGCCUGCCGCGGCGCCAGCCCCGCGCGACCCGAGCAGUCCCCGGCCCCCGGCGUGCACCCCAGCCCGGCCCCGCAGCCCCCCGCGCCCCCUCGGCACUGCGCUCCAGGCCCCGCCGCCCCGGCUGUCGCGACGGGGGGCAGCGCCCCCGCGUGCCCGCUGCUGCUGGCGGACCAGGGGCCGGUGGGCCCGAAGGGCAAGGAGCCCGUGGUGUACCCCUGGAUGAAGAAGAUCCACGUGAGCGCCGUCAACCCCAGUUAUAACGGAGGCGAGCCCAAGCGCUCUCGAACCGCCUAUACCCGGCAGCAGGUCUUGGAGCUGGAGAAGGAAUUCCACUUUAACCGCUACCUGACCCGGCGGCGCCGCAUCGAGAUCGCCCACACGCUCUGCUUGUCUGAGCGCCAGGUCAAGAUCUGGUUCCAGAACCGAAGAAUGAAGUGGAAGAAAGACCACAAACUUCCCAACACCAAGAUGCGAUCUUCCAACCCUGCCUCGGCCCCUGCCGGCCCGCCUGGAAAAGCACAAACUCACAGUCCCCACCCUCUCCCUAGUGCCUCCACACCCAUUCCCUCCUCCAUAUAAUCAUCUGGGGACUUAAAUCAGUUUCUGUCACUUACCUGCCCUUCUCUCCUGCUCCUAUCCUCACCCACUCCUCCCCAAGAAAACCAUAACAGACACCAAAACAAAAUUCAACUUGGUGGAAACCAUGACCAAAAAGAAGUGUCUGUUUGAUUCUCAAGAGGACAGAUGUCCUGGACACUGCCUAGUGGAGCAACCUGCUGACCCGGACAACCUUGCCAGGGGUGGAUACCUGUGAGGAAGCCCUUGUCAUCGAAUGGCUUUGAGUCAGCUGGACAGCACCUGCUGACUGGGGACAUGCAGUUGUAUCUUUGUUACAAGCAGAAGAAGCAGGCUCUUUCCCAGUUUCCUUACCUUCCUCAUCUACUUUAAGGCAGCUCACAUGAGCUUCACUGAGUAGACACUGAGGACCUCACCAGAUUAUUUAAUUCUCAAAAUGUGUAGACCUUGAUGGUAGGUGUGGCAUGUAGUUUCCUCUCCUUGCAUUUAUUUAAAAUACUGUUAUAGAGAUAUUGUUGUCUUAUUCUUGGGCACAAUCUUGGGGGAGAGGGAAAUGCAUUUAGACCCACUUGCAACUGUACAAAGCGAUAUGACUGUGCAAAGAGGAAUGUGCUAAGAAUAAACGUUUUAAAAAACA